UUGACGAGGUGAGCACACUGGGGAGGGCGAAGAUGUGCGUCUCUCAAUGUCCUGGGCUGGGAGAAGGGGAGGGGAGGAUGAGAGGAGGAGUCGAAGGUCGUAAUGGGCGGAGGAGGAGGGAUGCGCGGAUGGUGUUGCGACGCAAUGAAGUAAGGCAAUUAAUUAAGCGGGUGGUUGAAGAAAGGUGCUUGGUGCUGCAGGUCGGCGGAAGGAUAUCGGCGGGAAUUACCUUAGCUUUCGGCUGGAUGCGACGUAAGAGCUGCCCAGAGGAACAAGCGAAGACGGGUGCAAAAGAUGAGAGGUCCAAUGGAAUUGAAGCACAGACAUGGGUGACCUCAUUUUUCAUCCUCCUUUUUUUUUUCCUUUCCUUCCUUUUCCCUUUGCCUUCGGUCCUUCCCUAUGCUUUUUCAGGUCGCCGCUUGGGGUGGGUGCCCACGUACCGGUACCUCACUCUCACUGCCCGGGGCGGGUGGCAGUGGAUGCACCGUGCUCGCGACUGCCUGUGGCUCGUGCACCAGGCCGAAAUGGAGGUGGCAGGCGGGAAGUGUACACUACUUGUAGCAUCGCUUGGGUUGGGCCAGUUAAGCUUUCCGCACUGACAGACACCACUCGCACUAACAGCCAAUCAAACGCACCAAGAGAUCGGUGGCAGGCACGAGGCAUCGAUCGCACUUGCGCUUUUCUUCUUCAAUCACGCGCAGAUGAUGACGCCCACCCUCCAAAUCACCACUUUGUCAUUGGCCAAACCCUUCUGAUCUCUCAUCUACCUUUGAUCGUCCCAGAUCUUCCCUCCCACGCACGCGGUACCUUUCCUUCACUUCCAACCAAAAAUACAAAACUCAAACGGCCACUAAUAGAACCCUGGCGCAUGGUCUCUGUUCUCUUUCGCUUUGUUGUCGCAUUCUACACGUGUGCUACCUAUUCGGCAUCUCCAACCGCUCGUCUCUGUCACGGCAUCCAAUCAUUUGACUCAGCACAGCCGGGAAUCCGCACCACCGCAGUACCUUACUGUACCUUAUCAGCUAAAGAGACUGCCCUGUGAUCAACAUGUGUUGGCACCAGGCCAUGUCUUUUUCGAGGCCGCAUCGACCGCUGCAGCGAGACAUCUGACUAUGGCUCAGAAAACCUCCGAAGCUAGCUUCACGCAGGGUCCUGUCGCGUGCCCUUCUAGACCAGCGACGAGGCGCCCGGAGGACCUUGCACUUGACCUUACUAACAAAGAAGAGCCAUGGCGAAGACUGAAAGUCAUGCGUGGCUGCUGAAAGCAGGUGGGCGGUGCCAGCAAAGCUCUCCUAGAUCUCGU